GCCGUCGGCGGGCUGGCCCGAGGUCCCAUCAUGGCGGCGGCGGCUUCUUGCCGGCUCUGGCUCUGGGUAGUCCUGCUUCUCCCUGCAGCCGCGGUCUACGAAGACCAAGUGGGCAAGUUUGAUUGGAGACAGCAGUAUGUUGGGAAGCUCAAAUUUGCCUCCUUGGAAUUUUCACCUGGAUCCAAGAAGUUGGUGGUAGCCACUGAGAAGAAUGUGAUUGCAGCAUUAAAUUCUCGGACUGGGGAGAUCUUGUGGCGCCAUGUUGACAAGGGCACGGCAGAAGGAAAUGUGGACGCCAUGCUGCUCCAGGGGCAAGAUGCAGUCACAGUGUCCAAUGGAGGUCGGAUUAUGCGUUCCUGGGAGACUAACAUCGGGGGCCUGAACUGGGAGAUUACCUUGGACAGUGGCAGUUUCCAGGCCCUGGGGCUGGUCGGCCUGCAGGAGUCCGUGAGGUAUGUUGCGGUCCUGAAGAAGACCACUCUUGCCCUCCAUCACCUCUCCAGUGGUCAUGUCAAGUGGGUGGAGCAUCUCCCAGAAAGUGACAGCAUUCAUUACCAGAUGGUGUAUUCCUAUGGCUCUGGGGUGGUGUGGGCCCUCGGAGUUGUUCCCUUCAGCCACGUGAAUAUUGUCAAGUUUAACGUGGAAGAUGGAGAGAUUGUUCAGCAGGUCAGGGUUUCGACUCCUUGGCUGCAGAGUCUCACCGGAGCCUGCGGUGUGGUGGAUGAGGCUGUCCUGGUGUGCCCUGACCCAAGCUCAUGGUCCCUUCAAACCUUGGCCCUAGAGACAGAGUGGGAAUUGAGGCAGAUCCCACUGCAGUAUCUUGACUUAGAAUUUGCAAAUGGAUUCCAACCCCGGGUCCUGCCCACACAGCCCAACCCAGUGGAUCCUUCGCGGGCCCAGUUCUUCCUGCAGUUGUCCCCAAGCCACUAUGCUCUGCUGCACUACCACGAUGGGGUCGUGAGUCUGCUCAAAAACUUCCCACAGACUGCCCUCGUGAGCUUUGCCACCACCGGGGAGAAGACAGUGGCUGCAGUCAUGACCUGUCGGAAUGAAGCCAGACCUAGCAGUUCUGAAGAUGGGUCGGUGGGGAGCUUUGCAGAGAAGUCUAGUCCACAGGACUCACUGACUUGCUUCAACCAGACCUACACCAUUAACCUCUACUUAGUGGAGACAGGCCGGCGGCUGCUUGACACCACCAUCACCUUCACCCUGGAGCAGAACGGCACUCGGCCUGAGCGGCUGUUCAUCCAGGUGUUCCUGAAGAAGGAUGACUCUGCUGGCUACCGAGCCCUGGUGCAGACAGAGGACCACCUGUUGCUUUUCCUGCAGCAGCUAGCAGGAAAGGUGGUGCUGUGGAGUCGGGAAGAAUCCUUGGCGGAGGUGGUGUGUCUAGAGAUGGUGGAUCUCCCCCUCACCGGGGCGCAGGCCGAGCUUGAAGGAGAAUUCGGCAAGAAGGCAGAUGGCUUGCUGGGGAUGUUCCUGAAACGCCUCUCUUCCCAGCUCAUCCUGCUGCAGGCAUGGACUUCCCACCUCUGGAAAAUGUUUUACGAUGCACGGAAGCCCCGAAGUCAGAUUAAGAAUGAGAUCAAUAUUGACACCCUGGCCAGAGAUGAAUUUAAUCUCCAGAAGAUGAUGGUGAUGGUCACAGCCUCUGGCAAGCUUUUUGGCAUUGAGAGCAGCUCGGGCACUAUCCUGUGGAAGCAGUACCUCCCCAAUGUUAGGCCAGACUCCUCCUUUAAGCUGAUGGUCCAGAGAACUACAGCCCAUUUUCCCCACCCCCCACAGUGCACCCUCCUGGUGAAGGACAAGGAGACGGGAAUGAGUUCUCUCUAUGUCUUCAAUCCCAUCUUUGGGAAGUGGAGUCAGGUGGCUCCCCCAGUGCUGAAGCACCCCAUCUUGCAGUCUUUGCUUCUCCCCAUCAUGGAUCAAGACUAUGCCAAGGUGCUGCUGUUGAUAGAUGAUGAGUACAAGGUCACAGCUUUCCCAGCCACUCGGAACGUCCUGAGACAGCUCCAUGAGCUUGCCCCUUCCAUCUUCUUCUACUUGGUGGACGCGGACCUGGGUCGGCUAUCUGGAUAUCGACUUCGCAAGGAUCUCACCACUGAAUUGAGCUGGGAGCUGACCAUUCCCCCGGAAGUACAGCGCAUCGUCAAGGUGAAGGGGAAGCGCAGCAGUGAGCAUGUUCAUUCCCAGGGCCGUGUUAUGGGGGACCGCAGCGUGCUGUACAAGAGCCUGAACCCCAACCUGCUGGCCGUGGUGACAGAGAGCACAGAUGUGCACCACGAACGCACCUUCAUUGGCAUCUUCCUGGUAGACGGUGUCACCGGGCGCAUCAUCCACUCCUCCGUGCAGAGGAAAGCCAAGGGCCCUGUCCACAUCGUGCACUCGGAGAACUGGGUGGUGUACCAGUACUGGAACACCAAGGCCCGGCGCAACGAGCUUACGGCGCUGGAGCUCUAUGAGGGCACGGAGCAGUACAAUGCCACGGCCUUCAGCUCCCUGGACCGCCCCCAGCUGCCGCAGGUCCUCCAGCAGUCGUACGUCUUCCCCUCCUCCAUCAGCGCCAUGGAAGCCACCAUCACCGAGCGGGGCAUCACCAGCCGGCACCUGCUCAUUGGGUUACCUUCCGGAGCAAUUCUUUCCCUUCCCAAAGCCUUGCUGGAUCCCCGCCGUCCUGAAAUCCCAACAGAACAAAGCAGAGAGGAGAACCUCAUCCCAUAUUCCCCAGAUGUGCAGAUACACGCAGAGCGAUUCAUCAACUAUAACCAGACAGUUUCUCGAAUGCGAGGUAUCUACACGGCUCCCUCGGGCCUGGAGUCCACAUGUUUGGUUGUGGCCUACGGCUUGGACAUUUACCAGACACGAGUUUACCCAUCCAAACAGUUUGAUGUGCUGAAGGACGACUAUGACUAUGUGCUGAUCAGCAGUGUCCUCUUUGGCCUAGUUUUUGCUACCAUGAUCACCAAGAGGCUGGCGCAGGUGAAGCUCCUGAACCGUGCAUGGCGGUAAAGACCCAGCACCCCUGCCAGGGAGCAGAGCCCAGGGGAGCGAGGGCCAUAGCUGCUGCGUCGAGACAGGUCAAUGCUGAAGUACUGGUGCUGAGUCGUGGGGAAGAAGAUGGGCUUUCGUGGAGGCACCUCACAGGAGCCGCCUAAUGCCCAGUCACCCACGGGUGGAGGCGGUGUUCACCGUCCUGGCUGAGACCCUCAUAGCAUCUUGCUGGCCUUUGCCCUAAAGUUCCAGGGCCGCUGCCCUUUUCCCUUGUUGGCAAUCCACAAGCAUUGCCCUUUGUUUAAAUUUUUUUUUUUUUGUGAGACCUCCAACAGACUUCUCUCUCGUGAGACCUAUUUAAAUGGAUUUUUCUUUGUCCUCUUUGUUCCCCAGUUUUAUCUAGAAACUCUAAUGACCAUUUCCCUGUCUCUUGCUUCAAAGUUGGGAGGAAGCUCUUACCAACAACUCCUUAGGUCCGUUUGCUCUUUUACUGGGGAGAAAGAAGACCCAAUCUUAGCUGAGGUUUGAGGACUGAAGCCGCCUCCCGUAGCUUCUCUCCACUAGCUUAGGGGUGAAGAAUCUACAUGCUGUCAAACCUUAUUUUAGCUGAGCCUCUAGUUACAUUAUCUCAGGGGGAGGAAGGGCCACUUCAGGUUAUCAGAAGCCAGGGCACAACAGCCUCUUGGUUGGUUACGGCCUGUGCUUUUCACCUGACAUGCUUCAGAGCUGAGGCCUUCUGAGUACCACUGAGUUGCCUGAACCCCAACUCCAUGUCAAGGAGGGGGAGGGAAUCUGCCCCAUGCACGGCAUCUCCUCGCCACCAACAGGCUGCCCUGUCUUUCAGCCUAAGUUGGCUUUGUUUAAGAAUCUCAUUAUUUAUUUUUGGUUUUAGAUAGAAACUGGCCUAUGUUUCAAAUCAGUUUUAAAUCUGAUUGCAACUUAGGAGAGAAAAAGUAGGGGCAGAAGCUGGUGGAUGCGGUUGUGGUGUUGUGGAUCUGCUGGGCCAUUGGCUCUGCUUUAAAUUAAAGAGGUCCUCCAGGUGUUCCCUCAUUCAUAGAUUCGGGGAUGAUGGAGCUUUUUCUUCCCUGUGGAGAUUGAAAUGUACAGAGCGUAGACCAUCUCUAGCCCUGUGGGGACACGCAAGUGUCUGAAUAAAGCUAGUGAUGAAUGAUGUGAAUUUAAGUCCUUUUUUGUGGCUUAGGAAGAUCACUUUGAGGCUGCUUUGCAUCAAGAGGGGACAAGAAACUGCAGAAAUGGAGUGAGGGUAUCCAAUUUAAGUCUACAAGCAUUGCGUUAUUUACAAAGAAUUUUUUUAAAUCUUUGUUUUUCUAUGCUGAUGGUAGAUGAUGGCAGAGAAGAAAAAUGAAAAUAAUUUUUGUAAUGAAAUUGUGCAAUUGACUUUAAUGAAUAAGCAUACAUCUAAGUAGCUCCAGAAAUAACUGGCCUCUAUUCGUCCUGACUCGGCAUAUUUUGUUUAAUGUGACCUGGGAGAAGGGAGUAAGUAUGAGUUAAAACAAUUCUGCCCUAGUUUUGAGAAAACCUGGAUGGAAUUUUGACUGCUCUACAUAUAAAUACAUGCUGGCUGUAGCAUGGCCCUGUUCUGCCCGUACAGCCCAAUAAAUGUUCAGGUCUCUGGUUUUCAUUUCUAGAAUUGCAAACAAGCCAGUGGGAGGGGAGAUAUCUCCCCUUUUAUAGCAUUUCCUGUCUUUUGGUUUCAGUCAUGACCACUUUACUGAAAGUUACCUCAAAGCAGGUGCUAAUGGCAUGGGCAGGCCCAAGUUUUCAACCUUUCUUAAGUCUUGAGGAAGCACUUGCUUCUGUGUUGCUUUUUCCUCUGACUCUUGAACCUGUUUCCUUUUGAUUCUCUGACCGGUUUGUACGUUGGCCUCCCUCUAUGUGUGUGCAUCUCCUGAGAGGCAUCUGUUCCCCUAUUUCAUUAAGUUAAUUAAUAUGGAGGCUUCCCUGCAACCCUUCACUAAGUAAGAUUUUUCUGUCAUUUAAUUAUUUUAGUCAACAUACAAUAUCUUUUGGUGGAAAAUUUUACAGCUAAGUGGCAGUUGGUGAUUUUCAGUCCUGUUGGGAAUGAUGUAAAAUGAUAUGUAACUUUCUUUUUCAAGUUUUCCUUAACCUUUGACUCUGGACAGGAAUCAACUUGGGGAAUUCCUGUUCCCCAAUGCAUGAAUUAUAAUUGCAGCUAUAAUAGAAGAUUCAAGUUCAGUAAGGAUCUUUCUAUAUUUUUUUUUAGAGAAUUUUUUUUGGGGGUAAGACAGUUACCCUCUUUUUAAAAUAUAACUACUGAUUAAUGCUUUAGAAGUAUAAGAAACCAGUUUUUUGAAGAGGUUAAUAUCUGUUCCCUUCCCCUCAUCUCCAGCAAAGAAAGGCGAGUAGGCUAAUAUGUGGAUAAUGUGAUUUUACUGUUAUAAAUUGGGAUGACUAAUAAACAGCCCUGCAAUUUAAUACCGAAACAAGUUACAGAAUGAAACAUUUCUGAAACGCAAAUAAAUUUGUUAGCUUUCCUCAAGUGUUUAUUUUUGCUUAGAAUCCACAAUUCUAAAUUGCAUGUUAACUCACUGCCUUUCUCUGGAGUAGAAUUCUGAGCUUUGAUUGCCCUUUGGUCUGCAUUGGAGUAGGUGUAAAGCUCUCGCAUUACUUUUUUUUUCAUUGAAUAAACUGGACUUACAACACUGUGUAAAUUUAGGUGUAUUGUGUUACUUUGAUAUAUUUGCAUAUCCUUGAGUGCUACUGUAGUGCCAUCACUAGCACACAGCAGCACAGCCUGUACUGCUUAUUUACUGCUGUAGCAGGUUUUGUUAUGUCUCUUUACUACUGUAACAUGUUUGUUGCCAUAAAUAACAUUUUCAGCCCUCUACCCAAACCCCAGCCCCCUGGAAUCAUCAUUUUAUUUUACUGGUUUUUUACAGGUUUGAUUUUUUUUUAGCUUCACAUG